UCAAGUAGCUGAAUAUGGGCUUGCAAUCCAUGGAUCUUGAUUGUAGAUACUGUCAUAUUGCCUUUUUUGGCAUAUUUCAGGUAAGGGACCACAGAAGAGGUGAGGAGCAGGUUGAGAGUGAAUUGUGUCCAGACUCACUGUGACCUCCACCUAAUCCAUUUAUCCUCAGGAUUUAACAGAACUCUUCCAAGCCAUCUGGGCCAAUCCCAAACGAAUAACAAUGCUAACACGUUCAACAAGACGUCCACUCUACUGAACAGAACAUGGGAUAUAUUAUAGUUCUCUUAUACUGAAUUAUUAUUCUUUUCUCAUUUUGUUGUACAAUAUUUACUCUUUCUAAAUAUAAUUUAUUUAGUUCAUAUUUAAUAUUUUCAGCAGUUUACGUAACGAUGCUAUCAUUGCAGUCAAAACGUACAAAUGUUAAAAGAUGCUGUGAAUGCAGGGGUGACAUUUGUAGUCGUCGUCCAAUAACAUUAUGCAGGGAUCCAUCCCCGUCAUGCGCAGUAGCCAAAAGCAGUCGCCGGAACGAUGGCCGUCGAUAAUUUUCUCUUUGGCCAGUGUAUUCUUUAUUUUUUAGCAUUUCUUUUCGGUUUCAUUUCCGUUGUACCGCUCUCUGAAAACAGCGAUGACUUCAAGGGGAAAUGUCUGCUGUUUACUGAGGGGAUGUGGCAGAAUGAGAACAUGACAAUGGAGAAACAGCGCUUUAUAGUUGAAGAAUGGGGACCAGAGUCAUCCUGCCGCUUCAUCACUUUCGUGGGCAUCGUGUCUCUCAUCCUGUCCGCCGUACAGUCGUGGCGGACCUUUUUCUUCCUCUGCAAAGGCCACGACGACUCUCUUUUCCAUGCCUUCUUGAAUCUGCUCCUGUGCUUGUUGGUGGUAUUUGUGGUGUUUGUAGCUUGUACCAUAUCCAGUGUUGGCUUCAGUUCAUGGUGUGAUGCUGUCACUGAAAAUGGAGCCAUGCCCAGCAGUUGUAAGGAUCUGCAAGACACAGAUUUAGAGCUUGGUGUUGACAACAACUCCUUUUAUGACCAGUUUGCCAUUGCACAGUUUGGCCUGUGGUCAGCCUGGUUAUGCUGGUUUGGUCUAACAGUACUAGCCUUCCUAAAGGUUUACCAUAACCACCGGCAGCAGGAGCUGCUAGACAGUCUUGUUCAAGAGAAGGAGCUCCUGCUAGGUCAUCCUUUACAGAAGAGUUCUUACAACAGGAAUGCCAUGAUUUAAACAAAAUCUCUCAUGUAGUCCAUUUACACUGCACGAGUCAGUUUAUGGGAGGAGAAUUAAAUCCUCCGAACAAACAUGUUUUUUUUUAUAAAUCAUAUAUAAAUCUUUAGAUCUGAGUCUUAGUAGAUUAAAUAUUAGCUAUGCUCAUGUAUAAAUAAAUGAUCAGAGAACACCUCAUAUUCAAAACAGAUAGCAGAGUUAGUUUCUACUGUUGUUUAGAAACAUCCUUACAGAACUCUCAUCAAACUCUUCAUGGAAUUAUCUUUAUAUUCACUCUUAUUUAUACAUAUAAAACACUGUCUGUGAGAUAUUACGUUGUACCUAAUUCUCUUGAUAAGGCAGCUGUGCAUUAAGGAGACUCAGUAAAGUGUGAAUGAGGAUGCUGUCUUUGAGCAGAUGUCACAGCUUCACAGUUCACUCAGAUAUGAAAUGUAAAGUCUGCUUCACUUAGAAACAAAUACUGCCUUUACUGUACAUGGGAGCAAAAUAUAACCAGAAAUAAAACUGAAUAAU